UGUCUACUACACGCCAAGAUGAAGACUUUCGCUCUAGUGGCACUGGGACUUGCGGCCCUGAUCGGCUAUUCGUCAGCAGUUGAAGAAGAGGACAACCCCGAAGUGAAGAUCUUCGCCGGCUACGUCACCCGAACCCGAUUCAAGGUCCUCACUUCCUCGACGCUCCUCAGCUGCAUCUCGUCCUUGAACCAGAAUGCCAAGUGCGGCGGCCGAAGGAGGAGGAGCCGCCCCAGCAACAUGGAGGGCGAACUCUCAAUCAUGGAACCCAGCAUAGCACUGGACGGCUCCGAGGGAGAUGUGAGCGUCGCAAAGAGGGACGUCUCCAAACAGGAGGCGAAAGCUGACGAAGAUAAAGGGAAGCUGUUCGUGUCCCUGACCACAUUCACGACGAUGACGACGACUUCCUACACUGCCAACACCUCGACCACUGUGUCCGUCUCCUUCCACUGCAUUCCCCCAGACGGCAUCAAGCUUCCUUACUGUCUGUAAAUGAGUCUUUUGGGGCUGUACUAAGUCUUCAGUUCGGUCGUCAAUAAGCUUUCUGAAGAAGAAUGAAACGUCUGCUGGAUUUUGAUUGAAUGUGACUGCUCUCGUUUUCUAUUUAUGACUGUACAUAGCUGAUAUGUUGUACAUAAUGAAGUCCAUGAAGAGUGUAACUGUAAAUAAAACGUUUUUAAGAAAA